AUGCUCUUAACUAUUGUCAACCAAUAUCUAGAACAAAAGCAAAAAAUACGUAUAGCGCUGCAUCGAGAAGAAAUGAACGGUAACAGCAACAAUAGAGAGCAAUUACAACAAGAGUUGGGCGCCACACAGGACCAGGUGGCCUCGAUUAUUGAGUCGUUUGUCGAAUUAGGCGUCUCCAUUUAUGACUUCCCUGGUACUCCCGAGGCCAGCAAGGGAAUGAUCACCAAUUUACAAAGAAACGUGGACCGUUUGUACAAGUUGAAUGUGAGAAGCAACGACCCCCAGUCAAGUCUGUCUAAGGUCGACAUUCCCUUGGAAGUUGUGCAGUACAUUGAGGACGGUCGUAAUCCAGAUAUUUACACGAGAGAAUUUGUCGAAGCUAUAAGAAGAUCGAACCAAUACCAGAGGGGCAAGAUGCACGGCUUGAAGCAGUUAAGAGACUCGCUGGCUGAUAAGAUCGUGGAUGAAUUUCCCGAGUUACAGAAGCCCGUCGAGGAUAUCAUAAAGAGGACUUCUCCUAUUGAUGAUUCUUCCACUGCUCAUCAAUAA